AUAUAAAAUUGCGUACUUUAUGCCCCACUGUUGACCCACCCCUCUACCUCUGUGCUCAUUCUCUUCGCCACAUCUUACUCGGACCCACAUGAUGCAGCGGGUACUAGGCGGCCGCUCUAAUCUCCGCUUGUCCACUGCAGCGGUGCAGUGUCGGUUGCUUCCUCUGUGAUAAAAGUAUAGUUUGGCUCUUGCAUGGCUGCUUGUUUCACGCAGCUUGUUGAAUCUUGCAUUCAAUCGAAGUCACUAACACAAGCCAAGAAAAUCCAUCAACACUUUCUCAGGCAUCAUUUGCUCCACCGAGAUAAUCCUACUCUUCUCGAAAAGCUAACCAAAUUGUACGUGGCAUGCAACGAGGUUGAGCUUGCUCGCCGCGUGUUCAAUACAAUUCCAAAACCAAGUGUUGUCUCGUGGGACUUGAUGAUCAGAGCGUAUGCAUGGAACGGACCCGUGGAGCAAGCUAUCGAUUUCUACUACAAGAUGCUCGAAUCUGGGGUUAAACCCACCAAGUUCUCGUUCCCAUUUGUCCUCAAAGCUUGUUCAGGGUUGCAAUCUGUGGAAGACGGUAAAAGGGUGCAUGAUCAUGCUAAGCAACUCGGUUUAGAGUCCGAUGUUUAUGUUUCCACUGCAUUGCUCGAUAUGUACUGUAAAUGUUGCGAUUUGAUUAAUGCCCUUGAAGUGUUCGAUAGAAUGCCUUGUCGAGAUGUUGUUGCAUGGAAUGCAAUGGUUGCAGGUUUUUCACUUCAUGGGAUGUAUAACCACGCAAUUCGGUUGUUUCUUGAUAUGCAAAAAACGGGUGGACUUAGACCAAAUGCGUCCACCAUAGUUGCUCUUCUUCCAGUACUUGCUCAUGAAAAUGAGUUGAGGGAUGGAAAAGCCUUGCAUGGUUACUGUGUGAGAAUGAGGUUUGAUGAGAAUGACGUGGUUGUUAGAACUUCCAUUUUGGAUAUGUACGCCAAAUGUAAGUGCAUUGUUUAUGCCCGAAAGAUUUUUGAUAUGAUGGGUUUAUACAAUGAGGUAACUUGUACUGCCAUGAUUGGAGGUUAUGUUAUGUCAGAUAUGAUGAGAGAUGCAGUAAAAAUUUUUAAUCAGAUGAAUGUAAGAAUUCUAUCAUCAGUGACUCUAGGGAUUAUUCUUAGAGGUUGUGCAAAGUUUAAUGAUCUCAAUGGAGGGAGAUGCUUGCAUGGUUAUGGGAUAAAAACAGGUUUUGUUCUUCAUCUGAUGGUGAGCAACACACUGCUUUCUCUAUAUGCAAAAUGUGGGAUCAUAGAUGAUGUAAUCAGGCAUUUUGAUGAAAUGAAUGUCAAAGACACUGUCUCCUAUAGUGCUAUUAUCUCCGGUUGCGUACAGAAUGGUAAUGCAGAAGAGGCUUUUGGGUUCUUCCAUAAGAUGCAGUCCUCUGGUAUUAAGCCAGAUUCAGUAACCAUGCUGGGUGUUCUGCCAGCUUGUUCACAAUUGGCUGCUCUACACUAUGGGUUUUGUUGCCAUAGCUACUCAAUUAUCUGUGGCUUCACGGUUGAUACACCAAUUUGUAAUGCUCUUAUUGACAUGUACUCGAAGUGUGGAAAUAUCUCUAUAGCUAGGGAAGUUUUUGAUAGGAUGCAUAAGCGGGACACUGUCUCGUGGAAUGCAAUAAUAUUUGGUUAUGGAAUUCAUGGACUUGGCAAUGAAGCUCUUUUGCUGUUCCAUAAUAUGCAGGUCACAGGUUUAAAACCAGAUGAUGUGACUUUUCUUUGUCUCCUAUCUGCUUGUAGCCAUUCAGGACUUGUUGAGGAAGGGAAACGCUGGUUUAGUGCAAUGAGUCAAGAUUUUGAUGUCAACCCAAGGAUAGAUCAUUUCAUAUGCAUGACUGAUCUUCUUGGCCGGGCUGGACUUUUGGAUGAAGCGCAUGAUUUCAUUAAAAAUAUGCCACUUGAGCCUGAUAUUUGUGUGUGGGGUGCACUUCUUGCUGCUAGCAGGGUACAUGGAAAUAUUGAAUUUGGGGAUGAAGUUUCGAAGAAGAUAGAGAGCUUAGGUCCUGAAGGAACCGGGAAUUGUGUUCAGCUAUCUAAUAUAUAUAGUGCUGCUGGGAGAUGGGAUGAUGCUGCACAUGUUAGAAUAAUGCAGAAGGAACAAGGGUUUAAGAAAAGCCCAGGAUGUAGUUGGGUGGAGAUAAACAGGGGUGUUCACGUGUUUCUUGGUGGAGAUCAAACCCACCUACAAUCAGGGCAAAUAAACAAGGAGUUGUAUGAACUACUAGUGCAGAUGGAAAAAAUGGGUCAUCAUGCAGAAUCUAGUUUUCUUUGAAGCGAAGCAAAAAGAGUGGAUUUUUAUUUAUCGCUGUGAGAAGCUAGCAAUUGCAUUUGGAAUUCUCGCUCUAAGGGCUACCAAGCCUAUUCUAGUCACUAAGAAUUUGUGAAUUGUAGUGGUGUCAUUUGGCCAUAAGAUUCAUUACUGGCAUUACAAAGAGGGACAAGCAGUGAGGACGCUAGUAGGUUUCAUCAUUUUAUAAAUGGAGCAUGCAACUCUGGAGCCUUUCGAUAAAGAAGAGAAUCAAAAAAUAGUUGCACAUGUAUAGCUGCCUCUCAUAUUGUUGCUUUUUCUGCACUGUUAUUCUCCUUGGAGGACAAUAUCUCAACAGUAAACAAUGCAUUACAGAAUCAGCCAGAAGAGGAAGUAUGCUCUUGCUCUUUAUGGUGUGCAAUGCUCUUGAUUGAAAUAAAUGGAUACACGCUACUAUCAGGAAUCAUCACUUGCUGAUAUGGAUAGCAUAAUCUUGAGGUUCUUGAUAAAUUGUUGCAAAUAUCUCAGUGUUCUCCCUAAUUUGUACCUUAUGUUUGUUUUCUGUUCUCCGUGGGUAUUUUGGAUGCAGGUGUGGAGCAAAUUCUGGGAAGCAACAUCUGUAUGUCUUCUCCAAUAUUUUCGUACUCGUGACUUUUCUGAUAUACUCUUUUUUAGUGCUUGUAAAGAUUUGAAAAUACUGCAGGUUCCGCGGAUAAUAUCAUUUCACAGAAAUGAUUAUUCGUUGUCCCUUUUCUAAGAGCUGGUCGUUUAUAAAUUAGUAACUACAGGAAUUGAUAUCUUGAUCUAGGACCUAGGAUGGAAGGUGAAGAAGAUCUAUGAGCAUUUAUGAUACAAAUGUGUGUUGGGCUUAUGUUGUUAUCUUAUGCAAGUUUAUAAGUUGAUAGAAUUCAUAUGUUUUGGAAAAUCCUAGAGACGUCCAUUAUUGAUGUAUGUAUAACAUUCAUAUUCCUAUGGUUUAAGUUAGUUAAUAAGGAUAUGCUGUUGCUUUAAGAUCCCAACAACAUGCUUGACCUGUUGGUGAAAGCAAGAUUGAUUGGAUAACAGUAAUAAUGCAUUCUACGUGUUUGGCUAAUAAUUCAAACAGGUACAGUUCAGGCAGCAGGCCCGAUCCUUCAAGUUGAUGCCUGGCUGCAGAAGCUUGGAGAGCGUCAAAGGAAGUUUUCAGGUCCAAUUUUCACUAUAGUUUCUAAAAUUUUGCCUAUCCUCAGAUUGAUGGCAUGAAAAGAGAUUUAGGUUUUUGUGUCAAGAAGAAAAGAUUGAUGCAGAGGAAUGUUUUCGGAAAGACAGGAAUUCUGCCAAGAUAAGUGAAUAAGAAAA